CUAGUUUGAUACAUGUGUUUGGUAUCGGUGUUGGCAUUGGCGCGUGGACCGAGACCCUGAGAAAUCUGAGAGAAACUUUAUUUCGCUCAUCUCAUCAACUAAUCUCGUCAUCCCUCACUUCCCUCUGGCCCAAAUCGUGACUUUUUAGGUUUGCUAGAACGCGAGAUAACGCAGGAGCGUCUCGAUACAGAAACUCUUAAGAAACACUCGUUUAUUGUGUGACGUCACUCCUUCUUUACUACCUUUAGAAAUCAGAAAUUAGAGCAAAGUCCCUCAGAAUCUUGUAUCUGACUCACCUUUUUUUAUAUCAGGGGAUAUAUACACCCCGAAAAGAAUUACAGCCCUCAAUCACCACCAAUUCGUCUCCACUACCUCAACCGCCAAGCUCAGAUAUUCAAUCACGACAGACAACAUGGCCCAACAGAACGGUACUAAUGGGACUUUACCCGCGCUGCGUACGCAGCCAAAGGCCAUCUUCUUCACCGACUUUGACGGUACCAUCACGUUGCAAGAUAGUAACGACUUCAUGACGGACAAUCUCGGUUUCGGUGUAGAAUUACGGAAGAAGGGCAACGAGGAUGUACUUUAUGGGCGACGAUCUUUCCGCGACAGCUUCCAAGAGAUGAUGGACAGCGUUAAGACACCUUACGACCAAUGCAUUGCUACGUUGCUCAAGAACGUCCAGCUUGACCCUCGGUUCGCCGAGUUCUUCCAAUGGACUCUCCAGAACAACGUGCCUGUCGUUGUUCUUAGCGGUGGUAUGCAGCCUAUCAUCCGUGCUCUGCUUGGUCACCUCGUUGGUGAGGACGCCGUUCAGCACAUGCAAAUCAUCAGCAAUGACGUCCAGGCUCGCCCUGGUAAGAGCAUCAACGAGGAGAACGGAUGGGAUAUCAAGUUCCACGAUGACAGUGACUUCGGACACGACAAGUCUCUCGAAAUCAAGCCCUACGCCGCUCUACCAGACCGGCCUAUCAUGUUCUAUGCCGGUGACGGUGUAUCAGACCUAUCUGCUGCAAAGGAGACCGAUUUGCUAUUUGCCAAGGCUGGCCGAGAUCUUGUCACCUACUGUGAGAAUGAGAAGGUGCCGUUUGUCACUUUCAAUGACUUCUCCGACAUUCACAAGAUUGUUGCCGACGUCGUUGAUGGCAAGAUCAGCGUCAAGGAGGCGGCAAAGGGAAGACUGUAGAUUGAUGCAUCUUUUCGGUCUAGAUAAGAGGCAUUUCUUGUAGCUAAUCUCGUGCCUAACGCACGUUAGCAGCCAAUUGCUAUAUCUCUACUGUCUAAACAACAAAUCAUAAACAUAUUUCCGGUCCUGGGGAGGCAGAUAUUACUUUAGACGGACGGAUAGAAAGGUAGACGGGGAAUAUUUUUCGUUUGGCAUUGAGGAUGGCCUUGAUCCUAUCAAGGAUCGGCGACUCACUAGCAGUGCGCAUAGCUCAAUAGAAUUUC